GGAAGUAGGUCAACCAGCACAUUUUUGUAGGGAACCAGGAAAUAACUCGUCCUUCAUUUAGCUUAUAAAUUACCGAUCGCCAUAAUGAGUUGGGAUUCCUACAUAGACAACUUAUUGGGACAUUCUGGUGGUGACACUGAUAAAGCUUGUAUCAUAGGUAUGGAUGGUGGAGCAAAAUGGACAACCGAUGGCCAUCCAAAUGCUCUUAAACUACAGGGACAAGAGGGGGUCAACAUUGCAAAUCCAUUUAAAAGUAAAGAUUUUACCUCCUUCAUGGCUGGUGGGAUUUUUGCUGAAGGGAUUAAAUACCAGUUUCUAAGGGUAGAGGAUGAUAAAGUAGUAUUAGCCAAGAGAAAAGAUUCAGGGGCUUUAACAAUGCAAGCAAGUAAAACUGCUAUUGUGAUAGGCCAUACUAAGGAGGGGGGCCAACAAGGUAACACCAACAAGGCGGUGGCAACCAUUGCUGAAUAUUUGGAAAGCUUGAAUAUGUAGUCUAUGGUAUACUGCAUCACACACUUUUUCGUUACAGCUGAUAUUCGUUACUGACAACAAGACUUUCUAAAACUGAUAUAUUAGUAGGAACACAAGUGAUUGUAUAUUUGUUAGAGCAGCAUGAUUGGAUGACUCACUCGGGAAACUAUGUUUUGCAUUUAUAAGUGUCAUGCUCUUAUUUGGAAACAUUAGCAAAGUGAUAUGUAUAUUUGUAUUCAUAGCCUUAGUUCACGAUUAAAAUUAAAAAUUGUAUGCUAAACAUUAAAAGCAGUCUGCAAGUAGAAUUAGAAAAUCUCACAUUGAAUCUCUUUAACCUGUUUAUUCUUAUGUUUUAUUAUCCCAAUGAAAGAAGUUCGGUAGGGAUUUAGUGAAGCCCUCCGUCCAUCCGUUCGGAAGAUAACUUAAAUACUAGUUGACAGAAAAUCUUCAUAUUUGGUUAUACGAUAUAUAACCAAUAAAUACACCAAGGAUCUCAAAUAUUAAUUCAAGGGAAAAGUAGAUGGUAAAUAUCAUUACAUUGUGACAUAUACAGAUUCAUGAAUAAAGUGUUCGUUGGGAUUUGCUACUC